UUUUCUUACCAAAUGUAAAUGAUCUGAGUACUUCUUCCACCACCGAUUAAAGCUUUAGAGCAUUUUAUUACAUCGGGGAAUCUAGAAGAAGUUGACUUGCUCGGCUACUUAUCACAAGAUCAUUAAAUAACAAUAACAGUAUUUUCUAAAAAAAAAACGUGUACUCGUGAGAGUGCGUGUUUCCCUGGGCCGUCCGGUGUCGUCCCGGUCCACGCGGCGGAGGGACCCGGUAAGAGGAAACCGGCCCCGGCGGAGGCGUCGUCACGUGAUCUCCAUGGCAACCGGCGCGUGUCAUCAGUUCCGCUCCGGGAGAAGUGCAGCCGACGACCAACCGACGUCCACUCACUCGUUUUCACUUUGACCGAUAUUGUUCGUCCUUUUCCCCCCCAUCGCCGAGAGCCAUGAGUCACCUGAACACCGGACUUAUUUCUGCCUACAACAGUCUCACAGACAGACAUCUGGCCGGAUACUUCAGCAACACUCGCAUCAGGAGACACCUGCAGAGAGCAGGACUGAUCACCAGGAGCGGGCGCAUCGUUCCUGACAAGGAGUACCGACACACGCUGAUCCAGAGAGCCCACCAGAGACACGUCCGGGAAUGCCUGGCCCAGGCCAUCUUCCACAAGGUGCUGGAGAUGGAGCGUGUCCAUCAAAUAGAGAUCAAAAGGAAACUGGAGGAGUUCGCCAGGAGGGAAAGAGUGCAUAAGAUCAAAGUGGAGCGCCCUAAAAGGUAUGAAGAAGACGCCAUUCGGAUCCUGUCUCCACGGCCACCCACGGGCGCAAAGUGCACCCCGAAACAACACUCCGGGCCAGAGGGCGAGCACUCGGAAUCCUCCGAGUCCCCGGGCUCGUCUCGACCCAACACGGCUCCGGGGAAGAUGCAGAGGCCGGUGCGCCUGAAGCCGAUCCGCAGCAACAGCACGGCGGCGUCGCUGCGACGCGGCUCACCGGGCCGACUCCUGCGGUCGUCCAACGAGAACGACCGGCCGCCCAACCGCACCAUGGACAAGGCGUCCCGGAGACGACUGACUACGGCGGAGGUCUCCCAUGGCGUCUCACCCUACUGCCUCCCGGUCAUCAACAACUUUGUCACCCCGGUGCCUCCGGCCACCAAGAGGAAGGAGAGGGGGGCAAAGGUCACCGCGAGCGGCGCGCUCAGAGGCCGCAGACUGCGUCCUACCACGGCGUCCAGCGGGCCCGACCUCACAGAGGUCUCCGUCUCUCAAAAAAAAAACAAUAAGAAAUUUGAGAAGAUCUUGGACCCCCCCGUGCUGAGGAGCUCUGUGCACCAGAGCAAAGUACGUGUGGACAUGAUUUACUUUGGCAAAACGGUGCAUCUCUCCCACGACCUGAGCGACAUGAGGGAUGAGAUCAAAGUGUUCCAGCAGCACUGCGGAGGAGAGAACCUCUGUGUUUUCAGGGGGCGGCUCAGCGAGGGAGAGACGUUCCAGUUCAUUUCCAGGCGACACCGAGGUUUCCCCUUCAGCUUGACGUUCUUCCUGAGCGGGCUGCAGGUGGAGCGGCUGAGCUCCUGCUGCGAGUUCAAACACAGGAAGGGCCCGAGACUCGGCGGCCGGCACGGACACUUUGGUUUCCGCAGCGUGGAGGGAGCUUCUCCCUGCUACAAGUGCAUCAUUGCGAUGGGGUUGGACAAGAAGCCCACUCCUCCACCAAGGAGGGUCAAAGAAGACAACAAGGGCGGAGAGGAGUCGGCCUCCAGCCUCGGGGAUGCUCCCCGCACGGAGACGGAGACGGCCGGGGGCGACGAGGCCGCGGCGCAUCCCGAGCGCGAAGAGCGCCGAUCGCGGGCCGCCGAGACUCGAGCGGGCGAGGGGACGGACGCCGGGGAGGACAAAGUCAGAGAUGAUUAUGAGGAAGACUUUGAAGCAGACGACGAGGGACCUCCGGGAGACGUCGAGGCGAAAGAAAAUAAACCUUCGUCUCCAGCCGGUGAAACUGGAACGCAAGCUGACGAGGGAGACGCCUCCGAGACUGAAGACGAGGAGAGAGAUGAGGACAUGAAGUCCAAUUCGGGCUCCAGCUCCUCGGAGAGCGACCGGGAAGAGAGCGACGCAGAGGCCACCAAGGACCGCGGGGAGGACGAGAGAGCAGAUGGGCCGAGAGAGGUCCACCGGGAGGACAUUGUUGUCCCGCCGGGUGAGAUGGAAGACGGACCAGAUGGGGAUGAAGACUCAGGCGCGCGGGGCAGCGGUAGGGACAGCUCGGGGGAAGAGGUCCACGACACCAGCGACCCCGCAGGGAGCGGGGAUGAGCGGGGCGACUACGACACCUCGGGGGGCCGACGGGGGGAGGAAACGGUAGAUGAGGAGAAACGGGAGGAACGGGAGAGAGCCAAAUCUGUGCAGGAGAAGCUGGCAGAAGCCAUAUUGAAGGAGUCCCAGUGCAGCUCGGAGCCCGAACUGAGCGACACCAGCACCGAGGAGGACGAGUCCACGCAUAAAGGCCCUGAAAAGGACAGCAAGGAUGCAUUUGCAGUGAAUUCUGUGACACUUACAGAACACCAACCGGCGCUUGAAGAGGAGACGACAUGUGAGGAAGGUGUUGUUGGUGAAAACAAACUGUUAAAGGAUCCCGACAAGACGUCCGAACCAAAAGAGCACGAGAAUGAAACUGAACAAGAGCCCCGGGAGAACAGUGACAGCACCAGAGAUGAGAAGGUCGAAAGGGAAAAAGACAAAACCCCAGCAGAGAACGCUGAACCAGAGCCCACAGAAUACACGGCUCUGCACCCGAUAUCUGAAGAGGCCAUUAGUGAGGAUCCCGAGGCUUCAGAACCUCAAGAAGAUGCUGCCGCUCAAUCCACUGAAGGGGAAGCUGCAGAAAACAACAAAGAAAACGCUGCCGAGACGGGGCGAGGAACAAAAAGCGGCGAGGAGGAUGAGUCAUCGGUAUCAGAGCCGGAUAUAAAGGCCGACGGGACUGAUGAUGCAGAGGCGGGGGCGAUGGCGACGAGCGAGACAAUGGAGAUGAAAGCGGAGCCCUCGGAGGAGCGAGAGGCCCUCAACUAUGAAGAGGCCCCUGUGAUCGGCGCAGAGGAGAGUCGGCGGGGAGACGGCGAGGACGGAGACGCAGCAUCAGAGACGGGAGUCACAGCGGAGAACUCAAGCAGUUCCUUUGAGUGGAGCGGAGACGCCGCGGUCCAUAGAGCAGCGGAUGCAAGUGGGGACGUCGCAAAAGACGAGAGCACCGAAGACGACGUUAAAGAGGAGGAAGCGUCGGCAGCGGAAGAUGGAAAAGAUGUAAAUAAACAACGUGGCGGUGAUCUGGGAGAGGAGCAGACAGAAAAAACCUCCGUUGGAAUCGAUGAGGAGAUGGAGGAGAAACGUGACGAGGAAGAAAAGCAAACAAAUCCAGUGGAGAAAACAGGAGGUGAAAGUGAAAAGAAGGGUGAAGAUGAGACAGAAGAAGAAGAGAAUGAUGAGUGUAAGACAGAAGAAAGGAUAGAAAACCAGGAAAACAUUUCCGAGUGGGAUAAAAGUGACUCGAACGCUGAAGGAAAUGCAGAUGAAGAACAAGCUGAGGGAGACCACAGUGGAGACGAAGCCAAGGUUGCAAAUGAACGGAUGGAAGAGGAAUCGGAAAAGUCAGAGAGAGACGAAGGCGAAAGACGAAAUAAAAAGGACGAGGAGCAAUCUGAAGAAAAGGGAGUCGCAACUGAUGAAACUAAUGAAUGUGAAAAGAUGAACGCUGACGGAGAAAAGGACGGCGAAGCAGAAGAGGAGGAGAACAAAGAUGAGGGAGAAUCUGAAGAGAAAAAAGUUGUAACUGAUGAGCCGGCUGAAGGAGAAGAAAUAUCUGAGAUUCCACAGGAAUCUGAGAAGAAUGCAGACUUGGAUCAGGAUAAUGUGAAAACAUCUGAUGUAAAUAUUGCCGAGUCAGCGGAAUCCCCGGACCGGGAAGCAGCACAAGGGACAGAAACGGCUGAAGAGGUGCCAAAUAAUGCAAAGGAGGCUGAAGAUGUUAUGAAAGAAACCGAAGGAGGAGGCGACAACCGUGAAAAGGAAGAACUUGAUGCUGAAAACGACGAAAUGUCUGCCGGCGCAGAGAAGAGCGCCCGCGAGGGACCGGCCCAAACUGAGGCCGAGGAUGACGUGAACACAGCGGCGAACACCGCAGACGGGAGAACAGCCGAGGAACCCACAGCAGCACCUGUGGCGUCUGGAGAUGCUCUCCAAGAACGCGAAGGAGACCAAGUUUAUGUGGAUGUCGGACAAAGCGAGGCAGUGGAAGAGAAGGGCGGUGUGGAAAAGCAAGAUGAAUCCACCGGAAACGUCUCGGAGCCGCAGGCGUCCGGCUCUAAAGUAACAGAGGAGUCCAAAUCGGAAGACCAAAAGGACGGUGACGCAAAACCGGAGGACAAUGGCAACAUUUCCGACCCUGGGAACCAAAUCGGAGAGUCAGAUUUGAUGAAAACGAGCGACAACCAGCAGAGAAAUGUCGGUGAGGUCGUGGUUGCUUCUUCGGCUGACCAGGUGCAGUCUUCACCAGACACCGCUGCGGAUCCAGACGGCUCACCGCACGGGUUAGACGAGUCCACCGCGCCUUCUGGCGCUAGAACCGACGGGCAGCCGCCCCCUGACGGAGGAGACGCCGCCGCCACCGCGGCAGACCUCUCCGCUGCCGACGAAGACAACGGAGCAGACACCGAGGAGGCGAGCAAGGCCUCGGAGGAAGGGGCGAGUGUGCUGCUCAAGCCUCACAAAGCACAAAGCAACGGGGAAAAGGAGGAGAGCGAAGCGGCGGGGAGCAACGCUCCGCAGGCCUUGGCGAGAGGAGACAACGCGGAUCUGGUCACAAACUGGGUGACCGUGCAUCAGACGGCAAAGUACUUUGAGACGUUCGUCGAGCCCUUGGAGGACUUGAAGGAAUCGAGUCCGCUCGAGAUGGAGAGGGCGCCUGAAAGCGCACAGCGAGAGCACGCGCCACAAGACAAGACAAGGGACAAGAGCGAAGGGGACACUGUGGUGUCAAACAUUGAGAGCGAUCACGGCGAAGACGGCGAACCGCGUGAGGGAGACCGACGGCGAGUGGACGAGGAGACUGAGACGAAAGACUCGACCCCAAAAACAGAGAGCGAAGGGAACGAUGCGAAGUCUGCGAGCAGGGAGGACGUGGGGUCGGAAGAGCACGAAGGAAGCGGGGGAUCUGUGGAGGAAGAGAAGGUGCAAGGAGGUGUCAUGCAGGACACCUCCGAGCGACCCGGCGCGUCUCAGACUGAAGUGGAGAGCAUCGCGGGCUCUCAUCGAUCGGUCACCAGCGGAGGACGCGAGAGCGUCCGAACCAAAGAGACGACGGACGAUAGUGGUCCAGAAAAGGCAACAACAGUUGGAGAGGCGAAGGAUCUCUUCCCGUCAUCAGAAACCGGGGAGCAUCGCGAGCGUCCGGCCGGUCCGGAGGGGCCCUCCAUGCCGAGAGAGACCGAACCCAACGAUAGCGAAGGAACCUGGGGUAAAAGUGGCGAACAAAGUCAAGAAGUUACGGAAAUAACGGAUUUCAAGUCCGACGACGGAAGCCAGGAGGGGAGCCGGCCGGAAGACGGUACCUGUAGAGCGCCAGACGCCGCCACCGACGGAGGCAAAAGAGACGCGCAGCUGAUCGAAGACAUCAGGCGCACUCUCAGUAAAGACCUGCUGAGCACCUUCUCGGUGGACGAAACCACGUUAGGUCAGAGUUCACGUCCUUUGCUUACGGAGAGCGGACAUUAGGGCUUUAACUAACUUUAGAUUACAAGGAGGAAUGUGGCACAGGAAAUUGUAUAUUUGCAGUUAGACAAUCAGGUGGCUCCAUUUAGAAAUGCAUCUGGGUUUAUUAUUAGUUAGUUCUCCAAAUGAGAGUUUUGACAGAGGCCUUCGAGUGUCUCGUGGUUUCUGUGUUUACGUCUUUUUAAAUACUCUUCAUCCAUGACUCACCAAAAUAAAAGGAGCUGCAUGAUGGGUUUUGACACGUUUACAAUAGACCAUCUCUUGCUAUUGUUGGUGACAAAGAGGCGUAGUUUGUGAGAGGUAUCGAAUGCAGCGGCUCUCAGCUAUAAGCAGAUACUCUUCCACUCACGCUGACCAACUAAUGAAUCAUUAAUAGUUGUUGGACUCUUACAGCUACGUUUGUCCCAAGUACACUUUGUAUUUUCACUGAUGUUCUUUGGCUUUGAUCGGCAAUCUGUAAUUGCAGCCUCUCCGCGUUAAUGAGGGUUUUAGUGCUUUUACGUGUAUUUGUUAUAUUAUUAUCCGUUUGUACGACAUCGAGACAAAAAUGCAAAGUGGUUAAUUCAUUGGUUACCGGGUUACUAAUAAGUUGAAUGAACCACAACUCCAAAUGAGACACGGAGUUGUGUCAUUAUUGUUGCAAACACUACCUCUUAUUUUAAAAAAAAGAUGAAUAUUUAUUUAUAUUUCAAUCAUGUGAUUUUUAUUGCUAGCGUGGGUUUGUGAGGCUUCAUCAUUUCAUCUGUCAGUGACUAAACAUUUGUGUGAUUUGGCCGCUCAAAAUAAUAAAGCAAGUGAGAUGAAUACAGA